GCUCAUCAUAUUUUCCCCAUCAGCUCUGACACUUCUUAACAUUCAGAAAAUUUAACUUCAAUAACACAUAAAAAAGAAAAGAAUCAAUAACCAUGGAGGGUGUAAGUACGAUCAUUAAAAACUUUAGACCAUUUUUGUUAAUGAUAUUUUUGCAAUUUGGAGCAGCAGGAACCUAUAUUGUCAUUAUGGCCACUCUCAAUCAAGGCCAGAAUCGUUACGUUCUGAUUGUGUACCGCAAUGCUGUUGCUGCUCUUGUUCUCGGACCUUUUGCAAUCUUCUGUGAAAGGAAAGUGAGGCCGAAGAUGACACUAUCGGUUUUCUUGAAAAUAGUGUUACUCGGCUUUUUAGAGCCAAUAUUGGACCAGGGUUUUGGUUACUUGGGGAUGAACAUGACAUCAGCAACAUAUACAUCUGCUAUCAUGAACGUUCUUCCUUCUGUCACUUUCAUAAUCGCUUGGAUUCUAAGAAUGGAGAAAGUGAAUAUAGCAGAGGUACGAAGCCAAGCAAAGAUAAUUGGGACACUGGUUGCUCUUGGAGGGGCAUUGGUCAUGACAUUGUACAAAGGUCCACUUAUUCCUUUACCAUGGUCUAACCCAAAUACGAAUCAACACAACGGACAUAGCAACAGUUCACAAGACCAUAAUCAUUGGGUUGGUGGAACCUUGUUGAUACUCCUCGGUUGUGUUGCUUGGUCUUGCUUCUAUGUUUUGCAGUCCAUAACAAUAAAGACAUAUCCUGCGGAUCUUUCACUAUCGGCCUUAAUAUGCCUAUCUGGGGCAGUCCAAAGCACCGUAGUAGCUCUCGUAGUGGAGCGCCACUCCAGGGGAUGGGCGGUUGGAUGGGAUGCAAGACUUUUAGCACCUCUUUAUACGGGUAUAGUAAGCUCGGGUUUAACCUACUACGUGCAAGGGAUGGUUAUGAGAACGAGAGGGCCGGUUUUCGUCACUGCUUUUAACCCUCUUUGCAUGAUUCUUGUAGCUCUCCUUGCUUCUUUUAUUCUCCAUGAACAAAUACAUUACGGAUGCGUAAUAGGAGGGACGGUGAUUGCCAUGGGUUUGUAUUUGGUUGUUUGGGGAAAAGGUAAGGACUAUGACGUAUCAGUAUUAGCUAUGCUUGAGAAGAAUAGCCUUCAAGAACUACCAUUCAGAACUCAAGUUAACAAUGACGACAAGUUGGAUUCUUCUAUAGAUGAUGUCAGCAAUGUAACCUUUCCCGCUGGUGCGCAUAGUCGAACAUUUGGAAUAUAAGAAAAUUUAGAAAAGAAAACCAAUCAAUAAUUGUCUUGCAGUAUGCAUAAAUAAUACAUAUAUACAUAUAUGUAUUUGUGUGCAAAUGACAUGAGUUUACGUUAUUUAUAUAUUUUAACAGUCUCGUAGGUUGUAAUCUAUUGCUGAAACAUAAUAUGAAUAAAAGUUAAUGAAUAAAA